AUGUCUGGACAAAGCACGCGACCUUUGAGAGCACUCACUCUCAACGAUAUAGUUGAUGAAUUAGAGCGAUGUGAGGAUGAUGAUUUGUUGCCAACUCAAAUUACAAUUUUUCCACCUGAGAACGCUAAUGCCGACAUCACAGAUGAGGAUUCUGGAGAUGAAGAAUUUGUUGCAUUGCAAAAUCUACCAGGCUCUCAACUACGAGCUCCAGCCGAGGUCACUUUUCAUAUGAGUUCCGACGAAGAAGAUGAUGUACCUUUGUCAAGUUUGUCAAAAAGAAGACGCACGAUGGAUUUGACUUUAGAGGAUAGUGACGCCGUAUCUUGUACUUCAGAUGUGUCAACUAAUUCUACAUUUGUUCAGCCUACAGUUCCCCGAAACCAAACCUAUAGAUGGAAGAAUCGUCAUAUUCCAAACCAUUUCAAUCAAUGGAAUGACAAACAAGGUCCAAAAAACUUACAAUCACCCUUAUAUUAUUUCGACUGCUUGUUCAACAACAAUGUUAUUGAAUUACUAGUGCGAUAUACCAAUUUGUAUGCAGGACAGAGGAAUAAAGUGGGCAAAGUAACUGUUUCUGAAAUGAAGUGUUUCUUGGGCAUCCUUAUGUACAGCGGGUAUGUAGUAGUACCCCGUAGGUUUAUGUAUUGGGAGACAUCGACAGAUGCCGACUUUAGGAUUGUGCACAACGCUAUGUCAAGAGAUCGUUUUACUUUUAUUAUGUCAAAUCUCCACUGCUGUGAUAAUACAGUUCUUGGUGAUUCUCCUGACAAAUUCGCUAAGUUGAGACCUCUGUUUGACGAGUUAAAUAAAAUCUUUACUGAAAUGGCUCCGCUAGAAGAGAACUACAGCAUAGAUGAGGCUAUGGUUCCAUACUAUGGACGUCACAGUUGCAAACAGUUUAUACGUGGCAAACCAAUUCGUUGGGAGUAUAAACUGUGGGUUGGUGCUACAAGAUUAGGCUACGUGAUUUGGUUUGAUCCUUACCAGGGAAAAUCUUCAACCAUUGCAGAAGGUUACAAACAGUUUGGUCUAGGUGGGAGUGUGAUUUUGGAGUUUGCUGAUGUUCUACAAGGUCGUGACCCAACAUUGCCAUUUCAUUUAUUCUUCGACAAUUAUUUUUCCUCUAUUCCUCUACUGCAUGAACUUAGUAAUAGAGGUCUAAGAGCCACUGGAACUAUUCGUGAAAACAGAACGUCCAAGUGUCCUCUCGAGUCUAACAAAGAUUUCAAAAAUACUGAUAGAGGUUCAUUUGUAUUCAAAUCCAGUUUGCCUACCAAUAUUUUGGUUUGCAAGUGGAAUGACAAUAGUGUCGUUACUGUUGCAUCGAAUACUGAAACUGUGGAGCCCCUGCAAAAAGUCAAGAGAUUUUCGCAAGAACUAAAAAGAUUUGUACAUAUUGACCAACCGUCGGUUAUAAGAAAAUACAAUGAAAAUAUGGGAGGGGUCGAUAGAUCCGAUCAAAACAUAGGGUUGUAUCGGACUUCUAUUCGUGGCAAGAAAUGGUAUUUUUCACUGUUUUGUCACACCUUAGAUAUGGCUGUGCAUAAUGCAUGGCAACUUUACAAGCGAGACGGUGGAGAACAUGAUCAUCUCACUUUUUGUAGACUACUGGCGAAAGGUUUGCUCGAAAGCUACAAAAAAAGCGAUAAGAGGGGACCAUGUCCCACAGGUAGAUCUCAUCUUGAAUCAUCUCGAUAUGAUGGGGUUGAUCACUUGGUCCAGUACAGCGCUCCCCAACUAAGAUGCAAAGUUUGCAAAGUUAAAAGUUUUUUUAUUUGCCAAAAGUGUAAGAUUCAUUUACAUCCUAAGAACUGUUUCCUUGAAUAUCACACUAAAACUCAGUAA